UAAUUUUCCAAUUUACGUAAUCUCGACAUACCUACUUAUAUUAGUUUAAAAGUAGUGUUAGUGUAAGUUGCCAUGGCCUAGCGGUAAGCAAUCCGGACUUGGAAUUGGCAACCGCGUGUUCGAACCCGAAGGCGCGCGGCCAUUUUUUUUCUAUAAUGUCCCAAAUUUUUUGUUAUAAUUAUUUUAAUUAAAAGGAACGAGGAUAGUUACAAUGUUACAAUGGAAAAGUUACUGCUGAAGAUUUAAUUUAUAUGUAGCGAAUUGUAUCUUGGGCAUAUCUUGAAAUUUGAAGACGCGAGAGAGGUUUUUAAGUUAACGGUGACGUAGAAGAGUUUUUCGGUUAUAAUUUUUUUAAGAGACUUUCCAGACGGGUACAUUCAAUGGGGAAUAUUUAGCUCGAAUUAUUAGCUAUCGUAUGCACCGUUUCCCGUCCGAAUCGAUCAAAAAAUAAAGGUCCUGCAAAUUUUUUUUGUAAAAAAAAACCGUCAGGUCGCCUGUUUACCAAUUUUCCUUUAUAAUGUUUCAACGAUAAUUCGUAGGUCUGUACUUAUAAUGGGAAAAAUUGAGCAUAAUUAGUACUCUAUUUAAAUUGACCUCUCCGAAGAAAAUCGAAAUCCCAUUAAGCCCGUGCCGAGAGGUUAUAUUUUAAUAAAAAUUAGGGAGUCACGUCGAUAUUUAGAUCCUCGUCGCGAAUGUAUGUAGUUCGUUCUACGACGGUGGCGCCAUUUCAUUUCCAGGUUCCAUUGUGGUCACGUUUCGUCUUGGGGGACGUUUAGUAAAUUUUUCAUUUACGUUCAUCGGUCCAUUUAUAUUGUUUUUAAUUGUUUAUUUUAUUGAUUUCGAAGACAUUCUUCCACCUCGUGAAAUUGGUAUCUUCGUGGGAUCAUUUUACCCUUUUUUAUCGUUUAAUUUAUCUUGAUUUCAGGUUACCUUCGGUUCGGCAUCGGUAUCUACCUAUGGGGCCACCGAAGAAGUUGAAAGGGGCGGCUUUGAGUUCGCGUAAUGCCAAGAUUCUUAGACUAGCUUCGAGUACCGACUUCGACAAGAGUGUCACGAGCAGCCCGAAUGAUGUCGAAGGCAAGGAUCCUUUGUCGCAGCCAGGAAAGAAGAGUGGACCGCCCAAGAAACCGCAUAAGUUAUCGGGAGCUGCGCUUCAGAAAAAGUUGGAUAAAGAGCAACGUGACAAUCCAGCACACAUCAAUGUUGCUUCAUGCCCGAGCAGCUCCAACUACCCAGGGCAGGUGGAAGCUGAAAAGGUAGAGAAUUAUACUAAAUUAUUAAAAUUAAAAUACUACAUUUUGUACAGCGGCAUAAAAUGA